AUGGAUACUAAAGAGACUUCCAUCCUUGACGGUUCAACGCCAGCCACAAGCAACCAUGAAUUACAACGUGAGGCCGAGGAAAACAAGCCACACCACGACGGAGUGGAUCUCGAGAAAGCACUUGCAUCAAAUGGCACAACAACUGAGGUGACGGAAGAACCCCAUGAUCCUAAUAUCGUCGACUGGGAUGGCCCCGACGACCCCGAGAACCCCCUAAAUUGGACAUCGAAGAAGAAAAUCAAUGCGACGAUUUCAAUCGCUUUGAUCACCCUUCUCACGCCCCUAGGAUCUUCGAUCUUUGCCCCUGGAGUCGGAGAACUGGCCGUCAGCUUCCAUCUCACCAGCACAGAGAUCGAGUCCUUCGUGGUCUCCGUUUAUCUACUGGGAUAUUGCUUUGGGCCUCUUCUCAUUGCCCCUCUCUCGGAGAUGUAUGGUCGACGAGUCAUGUACACUGCUUGCAACAUCCUCUAUGUGAUUUUCACCAUCGCUUGUGCAGUGGCACCCGAAGUCGGGAGCCUGAUUGUUUUCCGCUUCUUUGCGGGCUGUGCGGGAAGCUGUCCGUUAACGCUUGGCGCUGGGUCAAUUGCCGAUAUGUUUGCGCAGGAGAAAAGAGGCAGUGCAAUGGCUGCUUGGGGUAUUGGGCCGUUGAUCGGGCCAGUCAUUGGACCUGUUGCCGGUGGAUAUUUGGCUCAAGCAAAGGGCUGGCGGUGGACGUUCUGGGUUCUUGCUAUAGCUAGCGGAGCUGUGAGCAUAUGCUCAGUGCUGACAAUAAAAGAAUCCUACCCGCCGGCUCUCUUGGCUUGGAAAACAAAGAGACUGCAGAAAGAGACUGGAAAUCCCAAUCUCCGCUCAAAACUCGAUACUGGUCGGACUCCAAGACAGCUAUUCCUACACUCGAUUGUCCGUCCGACUAAGAUGUUGUUCCUCUCGCCAAUUGUCUUUCUACUAUCCCUCUACGUCGCUUUGAUCUACGGAUACCUUUAUCUCCUGUUCACAACAAUCAGCGAAGUGUUUGAGGAUCAAUACGGUUUCUCUCAAGGCUCAGUCGGCCUUUCAUAUCUUGGGAUUGGUAUUGGCUCUCUGGUUGGCCUUGGGACAUUAGGCGCCACGUCAGAUCGCCUACUGACGUAUCUCACAACCAAAAAUGGGGGAGCCUCGAAACCAGAGUAUCGUUUACCUCCUCUGAUCCCCGGGUCCCUAUUUAUUCCGGUAUCACUAUUCGUUUAUGGAUGGACGGCAUAUUAUAAGGUUCAUUGGAUUGUGCCCAUUAUCGGUACAUCACUGCUAGGAAUUGGCAUGAUGAUAGCUUUUAUGGUGGUCAGUACCUACCUGGUUGACGCAUUCACGAUCUACGCAGCCUCUGCCAUGGCAGCCAAUACUGUCCUUCGAUCCCUAGCUGGUGCUGUCCUCCCACUCGCAGGGCCGGCUAUGUAUAAGACGCUUGGACUUGGCUGGGGCAACUCCUUGCUCGGUUUUAUUGCCUUGGCCAUGUGCCCACUGCCUGUAUUAUUCUAUGUGUAUGGCGAGCGCAUUAGGACAAGCAAGAUGUUUAGAGUGGACCUUUAG